GCGCGGUGACGCGCCUCACGGGCGGUCCUCGGGCGCGCGCCGCCUUCCUCGCUCCGGGUCUCGGAAGUCCGAGUCAGUGACCGGAGGCGGCGGCGGCGAUCAGGUACCUACAGCCCGGAAAAAUCCUGCAAAAAUGUCUCUGUACCCAUCUCUUGAAGACCUGAAGGUAGACAAGGUGAUCCAGGCUCAAACUGCUUUUUCUGCAAACCCUGCCAACCCAGCAAUUUUGUCUGAAGCUUCUGUUCCUGUCUCUCAAGAUGGAAAUCUCUAUCCUAAACUAUAUCCGGAGCUCUCUCAGUACAUGGGCCUGAGUUUAAAUGAAGAAGAAAUUCGUACAAAUAUGGCCGUGGUCCCUGGAGCACCAGUUCAGGGGCAGUUGGUUGCAAGACCUUCCAGCAUGAACUAUAUGGUGGCUCCUGUAACUGGUAAUGACGCUGGAAUCCGUAGAGCAGAAAUUAAGCAAGGGAUUCGUGAAGUCAUUUUGUGUAAGGAUCAAGAUGGAAAAAUUGGGCUCAGGCUUAAAUCAGUAGAUAAUGGCAUAUUUGUUCAGCUUGUCCAGGCAAAUUCUCCAGCCUCAUUAGUUGGGCUGCGAUUCGGGGACCAGGUGCUCCAGAUCAACGGGGAGAACUGUGCGGGCUGGAGCUCGGACCGGGCCCACAAGGUGCUCAAGCAGGCCUUUGGAGAGAAAAUUACCAUGACCAUUCGAGACCGGCCCUUUGAACGGACAGUUACCAUGCAUAAGGACAGUACUGGACAUGUUGGCUUUAUCUUCAAAAACGGGAAGAUCACCUCCAUAGUGAAGGACAGUUCUGCAGCCAGAAACGGCCUUCUCACAGAACACAGCAUCUGCGAGGUCAAUGGACAGAAUGUCAUUGGACUAAAGGACUCUCAGAUUGCAGACAUACUGUCAACAGCUGGGAAUGUCAUCACUAUCACAAUCAUGCCUGCUUUUAUCUUCGAACAUAUUAUUAAACGGAUGGCACCCAGCAUCAUGAAAAGCCUGAUGGAUCACACCAUCCCUGAGGUCUAAGAGUCGCAGCAGCACAGUGGAAACGGUGCCAAGCUUCUCCAUGCGACCUCUUCAGUGACUUCACUUUCUCUUAUGCACAUGAAGCUUUCGAGGAGCCAGAGAGCAUAUGCUGCGUGAGGGCCUUCCUGUCCCGGCAGGCUGGCCUCUUAACUGUUUCAUCUGAUGUCUUGUUCAGACUUCAAGAUAGUUGUAGCCUUAGCCUAGUUUCAGAGAGGUGAAAACUUUGAUUUACUGAAACUUUUGUAGCCUAGUUUCUUUACUGGAAACCUGAUGUUCUUUCAAGCCAUGGGAUUAGAUUAGGACGCCUGGCACAGGCUCGGCUGUGUGUAGAACCCCUCACCGUUGCCUAGGCAUCAAGCAUUGCUGUUCCUAGUACUUCAAGUCUAGGGUGUAUUUUCCAUUUGUACUGUGUUCUCAUAGCACAUUUAGAAGGAUUACUUUCUUUUCCCUGUGUGUGUGUGUGUGUGUGUGUGUAAACACACCAGUUAAGUAACCUAACGUGGGUUUCAUUCCAUGGAGGCAUCACAGUGGAUAUAAGCUGCAGCGGGUGUAGUGAAUAUCGUUACCUUUCAACUACCUUUACUUACUCUGCUUGAACUGUCGCCUUAACUACAUUAAGCAUCUAGAAUGAAAGCCAAACUUACUCUUGCUGCCUUUCUAAAACCCCAAAUGCAGUUCUUCAGCUGAAAUGCACACUAGCCCAGAACAGUGUAAUGUACAUAUAGCUACAUCAGCUACGUAAUGUAGCUGAGCUUACUCAGCCUAGCUGCCUAGUUGCAUCUGAGAUUUUCUAGUCAUUGUGUAAUGGCAACUUCUUUCUUCUGACACUUACUAGUUAUCACUUUCUGAGAAAUGAGUCACUAUAUACAUUAAAUGUAAAAAUUCUUGUACUAAAUAGGACAAACCUCAACUCCCUUUUUCAUCUGUAGACAAGUGGGAUAAUAGCCAGUGUUGGCAUUUAUGUAUAAACCUGUAUCCUAGCUGCUUUGGUACGGGCUUGGAAUGUUUUCCUGAUCAGCUGUUCUAUUUCCUGACUUCUCUGUAAACAAAAUGACAAUGGCACUUCUUCAUCCUUUCUUUGUUGGUUUAUGCCUAUUUUAAUUAAAAAUAAAGUUAAAUUUUA